UAUGAACGGUAAUUGCCAGUUUCAUGUGUUAUGCCAUGAAUAAUUUUGUAUCUGAUUUCCACCUUCUGUUGAAUCCAAGUUUCCUUAAACUUUAUGGUAUGAUAUAAGAGGCAUAUAUGUGAUUAAUCAGACAUCAUCAUUACUAUGACUUCUGAGAAAAUUAUUUUUAGAAGGGAACAAACUUACCACACAUAACAACGCAGUGACUGAAUGAGGGUGAAAAGUGCAUACAUGAAUCUUUCUUAAUUUAAUCAUUAGUCAUGGAUAUUGCAGGUGAUAAUAUGCUAAGUGAUUGUAAUUCUCAUUGUCAAAAUGUAGUGAUGAGAAUGGAGAAGCCAACUGUCCAUGGUGCAGCAUCAGAUUGCAAGCCACUAACCACCUUUGUUCAGACAAACUCAGAUGCAUUCAGGGAAGUGGUACAACGUUUGACAGGUCCCCCAGAAGCAAGUGCAGCAAAAGUAGGAGAGUCUGCAAAGGUUUCGACCACGAAAAGGACAACCUCAAAACUCCAUGAAAGAAGGAAAUCCAUGAAGCCAAAACUGGAGAUUGUGAAACCCGUUUUGCAUUUGAAAACAGGUGCAUGUUCUUCACCCUCCAAGUCAAGAAGUUCUAGCUUUCCUCCAAGUCCUGGAUCAGGAAGUUCAAGCCUUCUUCAAAGCCCCACCACCCCUUCAACCUUGUUGUCCCAUUUGACCAUUAUGGAAAGUGAAAAGAAAGAAGAGUCAACGAUGCCUGAAUUGAACACAGAAGAAGAAGAGAAAGCCAUCAAAGAAAGGAGAUUUUAUCUGCAUCCAUCACCACGUGCAAAACCAGGUUACAGUGACCCAGAAUUGCUUAUUUUGUUUCCUCUGGCCUCUGCUAAAGCAAGUGAGAAACUAGAAUUUUGACCAUUUUCACAUGCUACUCUGCUAUGUUCACCAUCGUUAUCAGAUACAAAUAUUUAAUUCAUAUGAUUUUUAAUCAAAGUUAUGCUUU